GGGCGAGUGGAGGGCGGAGUGUGUAUGUGAGGCUGGCUAACCGUGGAGCUAACCGAUGAGCUAACAGGGAAGACGUGUUGGGAUUUACUGCUCUGUGUCGUUUUUGUCCUUUUUUGUUAAUAAAGAGUGGUUGGAUUUACUAACGCCGUGAAGAAAUGUAUGCGGGGACUGUGUGGCCGGGUGCAUCAGCACGAAACAAGGGGGGAAAACUGCGAUUCUGAGGGAUUAAUGCGUCGAAAUCUUCAGACGACGUUUGUCGGCUUCAUUCUACUGAGCAGCAAGGUUCAGUCCUAAAACAUCAAAAAAGGUUGAUCUUUGAGCAGAUUCCAAUGAUGCAAAACUGGAUUGUACACAUAUUAAGGCGCUGACUUCCUAACUGAAGACGAACUGGACAAAGGAGGCCCUACCUCGUAUGGUUUUGGUCCAUUAUUUUACACUCAGAUUUAAUCUGUUCCAACUGCAAACUGGGGAUUAAGGACACUGAUAUUCUUUCUUCCCACUUUCAAAUGACUUUAGAUGAUGGGAAGAAAGGAUGUCCCUUUAAAACACAAACAAGCAACAGAUGAUUUUCACAAAGAAUCAAAUGAAUAAUGGCAUAGAUAUCUACAAUUUCAAUCAUUUUAUCACUUAGCUUUCUUUUUUUCUAAUAAUUAGUUGUGUAACAUUCUGAGGGUUUUGUUUUAAAGACAUGGCGUACACUUUACUUAAUGUUUCAUAUUCCCAAUCUUCAAAUGGAGAUGAUUUUAUCUGUGCAGAGUGUGGUGAGGGAUUUAAUCAGUACCAAAAACUGAUCAGUCACAUGGCUAUUCAUGGGCCCACUGACCCUUUAUCUUCAAAUGAUAAAGUACACAAUAAUGGCUGUGAUGCCCCUAUCGAAUUUGCCCUCCAUGAAAAUGGAACACUAACAGUAGUUGAUAAAUCUGCUGUGUCCAACUUCUCGUUCUUGUUUGGAAAACCCACAUCAAAGCCAUUACUGAAUGAUGCACCUCCUCAAGAUUCCUUACCUUUCAAUAAAACAAUAGAAAAGAUAGGAGUUCCAUGUAGAUGUGAAAGAUGUGGUCAAGUGUUCAGGAGUCAGAAAAAUUUACAGCAACAUCAGAGAUACCGUCCUCUUGAGCAAGGGUUCAAAUGUACACUUUGCUGCAAGGUUUAUUAUGAUAGAGAGAGUCUACGGCUUCACCUUCAGAACCAUGAUCAGGAACGCUUUUAUAGUUGUGGACAUUGCGGAAAACGAUUCUUGAAACAAGAGACGUUGUCAUUGCACCAGAAAGAAUGGCAUAGUUCUCUUGGAUCCAAGAGUAGGUUUGAUGAUGAUGAUCGUGAAAAUGCUAUGGAUAAAUCUUAUCCGUGCAAGGUUUGUGGCUUGCGUUUCUUUUGGCUGUCAGACUUGCAGAGCCAUCUAAUGACUCAUUCUCAUGUCAACAAAUCAGCUGCUGAUGCCAAACAAAAAGAGAAGGAACAGGAGGAAAGCAGCCUAAAGAAAAGUGUCUCCCACUCUACUGAUGCUUCUCUCAAUCGCUCAUACCGUUGCGGCUUGUGUGGAGGACAGUUCAAGUCCUUGACAGAGUUGAAAGAGCAUCAUGCUUCUGAACAUACAGAUGAUGAGGAAGAGGAAGAGUCUUCUGAGGCAGCACCUCCACCUAAACAAUCGCCUGUUAACUAUUAUGGCAUAAUGCGCCAAAUGGUGUCAAAACACCAGAUGCAGCACAAUGAUCCGUUGAAGUCACGGAUUAAAGGUAAAACUAGAGGAGGUGCUAGAGGAAACCACAACUCUAAAGUAUUCCCUUGCAAACAAUGCCAUCGGGUAUUUGUACACUCCAGCAGUUUAUCUCGCCACAUGCGUUAUCAUAAAGGUACUCUUCAUACAUGCGUCUAUUGUGGCAGACACUUUCCACAAAGAUGUGAUGUCACAAGACAUGUUGCCAUGUAUCAUGGUUCAGAUGUAAAUGUUCAAAUGGAAGGUGGAAUGUUGAAAGAUGCAAAUGAAAAGGAUAAUCAAUUGCCAACCAAAAAGCAGAAAAGUAAUGAUUCUGAUGAUCAAGAAAAUCAGGAAGAGAUCCAAGAUCCACCAAAGUCUCCAGAUAAUGACCAAUCGUUAGAAACUCAAGACAUGUUGAGUCACAAGCCACGGAUGUCUUACAAAUGCAAAGAAUGUGGGAGAGUCUUUGGGCUGCUCAGCGUGUACCAACGACAUGUGCGGUAUCACAGAAGAGACCCUAGUCGAGUAUUGCUAAGUUGCCCUAUUUGUCCAUGUCGCUUCACUUUCCGUUCUGCUCUAGAUCGCCACCUAGAAAAUCAUGAAAAAGAAGGGGCUGAGAAAAAAAGUGCCAAGGAAGGGGCGCUAAUUGCAGAAGCACAAAAAGAUUUAUUAGCAAAUGAUGUCGAUGUUGAAAAGAGUGGCCAUGAAGAUGAUCUAAAGGCGAAAGCCGCAUCAGAUGUGUUGUAUGAAUGCACUGAAUGUACCCAGACAUUCACAGACCUGCAGAUGUUUCUCCAACAUCAGAGUGCCCAUGGUUGAAAAAAUAGUUCAAUAUGAUGUUACGAGUAUCAUGUCUAUCCAGUAAUAAUAUAUGAUCCGUGUACAGCAUUCCUGAGGUGGUAUCAUGAAAGCAAAUUGAACUAUGUAUGUCAUUUUUUUUGUUUUUUUUUUUAACCAAUGCUACAAUGGAUUCUUAAUUUGUAGAACCAUGGGGUUGACACAUACUGUGCUUUCAUUUGGAGUCCACUUUCAUUGUCUCGAUUUUUUUAAAACAAUUUACUUUUUUUUUCAUUUAUUGUAUAUUGAUGUUGCUCACCUGUAUACAAUUGUUAUUUUUCCAUUCUGCAAAUUAUUCACUUUUUUGUCGUCUUUUCCCUUUUUACUCAUUAAAUGUGAAAUUGUACUUUAUGAAACAUCUCAAAACUGCCUUUCGUAUGUGUUUCUGUGUGUUUCUGGAUGAACGUAUCAGAAACAGGGGAAAUUGACAUUACUGUUUUUAUUGAUCAAGGCAGGCUUAAAGACUGGGCUUGAUCUCAGAAGAUUUUUAAAGUGUGUGAUAUGGGUUUAUCCUGUGAAUAGUGUGAAAGAUUUCCUCAUUUAAAGCAAGUGUUGCUGUACCUUGCAUUGGUGUGUGUGUGGGGUUGUUUGUGUUAGUAAAUAUUUGAUGUCUGAAGGUACAGGGGUCAUACAUGAAUGUGCACUGAUCAAUAAAAGAACACAUUUUUUU